AUCAUUAGUGGUCGCUGUACUCGCUAUGAUUUUGUGAUUUGCAAUAUCCUCAUACAAUUAAAAAAAUACAAAGUAACCUAUAAGUAAAAAAAAUGACCACCAUAUUUUUAACGUACUUAUAAGUAAUAAAUAAAACGUAUAAUGAGUCCUUAAAGAUAUUUCCAAAGUUUGAAGGGUCAAUUUAAUUUCAUCAAUUUCGUAUGGCAGAAUUGUUUCAUUUAUAGCGACGUCUAAAUGAUGUUUAAUUGCUCAAAUUUUUGCUAGGAAUACUUUUUACGUAUAUUGGAAUAAAAAGCCUACAUGGAGAAGGAAUUUAUAUUACCUUAUAUUUUUGAACCACCCUAUUAUCGAACCUACCCAAAUUUUACGGAAAUUGGUUUAUCGGAAUGGAAGAGAAAAUACUCCUCUUCCCAUUUCCGAACCCCCACGGUCAGUUGGUCAUACCCUGAAUGGUAAAAGUAUAACCACCUCCAUCUUCGUCGGCAAAAGAAGGGCCAUUUAAAGCUUCACUCUGUAGUGUUUUAUCUCUAUAGGAUUUGUUAAUUUAAUCCGCUAAAUCACAUUUUUCUACAUCGAAUACCUUUCCUAAAAUAUCAACAGGAGGUUUACAUAAAUAUAAAUCGUCGGAAGACUGUGUUCCUGUAAAUUCGUGCCCUGCAUUUUUGUAGUCAAGAUCUAUAGCUGGCAUCGCCGACUGGUAGUAGUUAAUCUAUAUACUUACACCAAAAUUAUCUAAAAUAAUGUCAGAAGCCGUACCGUAACUUUCUGCCGCGACAGCCACCUUGAAACAUUGCUGCCGGGGCUAGGGUAUAAUGCUAGAAAACUGUUUCCCUCUUUUAGCUAUGAUAUUCAUUUUGGUAAUUAAAUCAAUAUAACAUACAUUUACGUUUAAACUUUUGUACCUAAAAUAAUAUCAAUAUUCCGAUCUACAACUAAUCUAUAGAAAAGCCAAAGUUGAUAAAUUAAAGUGCAAAAACUGCUCCGAAAUAUUCUGAACAUGGACCCCCACAUAUCGCACCCGUUUUUGCCUGCGCAACUGUCCGUCUCCUUGAACAGACAAAAGAGUUUCAGAGUAAAACACUGAAAUAAAUGCACUUAGCUCGCGCUUGGCGCUCGCUUGAUCAUUCAUCGAUACCAAAUUUAAGUGCAAAAAAAAAACUAAAAGUUACAAACACAAUUCAGGGGAUAGAACCAGGGAACAAUCUUUCCCUGCUACAAAGCUUAGUCUAUCAAAAAUACGAAAUUCAAGUGCAAAAAAAAAAAAAAAAAAAUUAUUAAUUGUUCGGGGAUGGAACUCGGAACCUCGAUAUUGCAAAGCGAGCGUAUUACAACUGAGCCACGAAUGGAUAUAUUCAACUCGUUGAAAUUAGGCUACUUAUUCUCCAGCGUAACCUAAAUAUCUAAAUACCUCCUAAACCAGCGUUCUAGAAUAUCGGAAUUUUUCGCAAAUCACUCUGUAAACAUGUCUCAAAAAGAAGAAACUCUUAUGAUAUCGAUAUGGCUAUUUGUUUAGGCACGACGUACCAUGAAUCCGCCAUUUUGAAAAAUUUCCAAAAACUGGAUCGACAAAAAAAUUCUAUUUAAUCAUAGAAUAUGGUCACAAAAUUUCACUCGAAUCGGUUGAGAGUUGCGACCUGUAGAGGAGAACAUCCGGACAUACGAAAGCAAAUUGCCCGAGUCAAAACGUAGACCUACGCUACGCUUCGGUCAACUACGCUACGCUUCGGUCAACUACGCUACGUUUCGGUCAAUUACUACCACAAUGGUAUUUUUUUAACAUUGGCAACAUGUGCGAGUGAGACACGGCUCGGGUUUUAAGUGGACCGUUUUCUCCGGUCUAGUACGAACACCUUACUGGCUCGGUAAUAAGGUUCAAAUUGGUAUGGCAAAAAAAGUCAUUGCGCUCUCCACUUUAAUAUAUACCUUCAUGAUCGAGUAAUUCGAGUAUGACAUUGACAGCGACAUUGUCUUCACUUCGUUCGCGUGGCGUGGUCAUUUUUUAUUAUAUUAAUUGCUGUUAAAAUAGUGUUGUUUUACUUAUUUUUAUUAGUGAUAUCGUAAGAAUCGAGCAUUUGAUAUAAUAUUUGGACGGGCGUUGUGCGAGAUGGAGGGGAUCCCGGACGGUGGCAUGGCGCGCGUGAAGCAGGAGCCCGAGUCGGUGACUGACCGCGUAAUUGUUAAGGAGGAAGCAGAAUUCGCUGAUGAGGAGUGUGUGAAGGAAGAGUGCGAGGGUGGCAUAGACAAGUGCGGCGUGAGCGAGGCAGCCAUGCUGGCCGGCUUGUACGCCGAGCACGAGGUCAAGGACGAGCUGGUGCUGGGGCCGGAGCGCCCACACCGCCCUGAUGUCGCACUGGUGGUGAGAACGGCCGCUGUUGUCUCCUCUGCUAUGGCGUCGUCGGGUGCGCUCGGCUCGUGCUCGGUCAGGCUGGAGCGCCUGCUGCCGGCCGCGGCGCGGCGCGGCGGCCGGGGCGCGCGCCGCACCGACACGGCGCGGCGGCCGGGUCGGGCGCGGCGCGGCGGCCGGGGCGCGCGCCGCGCCGACACGCCCGCGCCCGCACACAAUGUCACCGCCACCAUCUAUCAAUGUCACCAUUGCGGCAAACGGUUCAGGAACAAGUCGGUUUUGAAGAAACAUAUACUCACUCACUUAACGAUAAGACCGUCGAGUAAUUCACACAACGAUAGGAAACUUUAUAAAUUUCGUAGCACUUUUGAGUACAUGAGUAGUAAGAAAGGAAAUUUACGGAAUCAUCAGCCGCUACACACCGGCGACAAAACUUAUGAAUGUAAGUACUGUAAUCACAAGUCAAAUAGUAAAGGAAACAUACGAAAACACGAAAUGACACACACUGAUGAUAAACCAUUUAAAUGUAGCUCCUGCGAUUACCAGAGCAUUUUAAAGUCUCGUUUACAGAGGCACCUCAUGAUCCAUACUGGAGAGAAGCCCUUCAAGUGUCGACGCUGUGACUACAGGAGCCGUCAACGAGCAACCUUACAAAGACACGAGGCGAUACACAAUGGUGACGCGUUAUUUAAAUGUAACGAUUGUGAGUACAAGUGUACGAGGAAAUCAGCCUUGGUGACGCAUCUCAUGACUCACACUGGCGAAAAGCCUUACGAGUGCCGGUACUGUGACUACAGGACCCGUCGUAGUGACACCCUCCGAUCUCACGAGAUGAGACACACUGGUGACGCGCUACUUAAAUGUAACGACUGUGAGUACAAGUGCACGAAGAAAUCGGCCUUGGUGAUUCACCUGAUGGUUCACUCUGGCGAGAAGCCUUACAAGUGUCGGCACUGUGACUAUCGGACCCGUCGUAGACGAUACUUACGAGCUCAUGAGAUGACACACACUGGUGACAAACCCUUUAAAUGUAACUACUGCGAUUACAAGUACAAUCGGAAAGAAACGUUACGGGCUCAUGAGAGGAUACAUACAGGUGACACUCGCUUUCAGUGUAACAACUGUGGCUACAAGUGCACGAAGAAAGCAUACUUAUUGGCUCACCUUAUGAUUCACACUGGCGAGGAGCCGUUCAAGUGUCGGUACUGUGACUACUGGAGCCGUCACAGCGGAAACUUACGAAAACACGAGAUGAAACACACCGGUCAAAACACUUUUGACUGUGGUAGCCGUGACUACAAGUGCAAAAACAAAACAAGACUGCGACUUCAUCAAGUGACGCACACUGGAUACAAGCCUUAUGAAUGCAGUAACUGUGACUUCAAGUUCAGUAAGAAAACAGAUUUACGACGUCAUCAAUUGAUACACUCGGAUGAAGCGUUUCCAAUGUAAUUAUUGCGAAUACCGGUGCAGGCAUAAUCAAACUUAAAGAGACUAUGAAUAUUCACAAUCACUAGUAAACAGCUGAUAUAGCCACUGUCAUUAUCAAUGUACGCGGAAGUAUCCACGAACUCUCGGGGACUAUUCAACAAAUGUUCAUAGUGUUCCGUAGCCAACACAAAUGUAACGCAAAUGGCAAAAACGGAACGGAACUAUAGUACCGUCAUGUCCGUCCGUAUGUCACAUACAUUUGACCUUGGAACUUAAGAUAAUUUGGAAUAUAGGUCUUUUUUUACCCGUUACUUAGUUUUUAAGUUAAAAUUUAAAAUAUUUUAUAUUUAUGAGCAUAUAUUAAAUAUAUUUCAAUUUAUACGUAGCGCUCCGUAGACAAGAAAAAUAAAUCAGUAAAUAAGAAUACUUCUUUGCAUUUUAUUGUUUUUUUUUAUGUAGUUACUACGGUGGUUGGUGGUAGAUCAGAAAACUUCCUGCCUGAUGGUAAGCAGUCACCGAGGCCUGUGGACGCCUGCAACUCUAAAGGGGUUACAUGCACGUUGCCGACCCUAACACACCCCAAACAACACAGCAUGAGGAACACAACACUAUGAGUAGGGUCUAGAGUCUGUCGUGUCCCCCUGCUGGGCGAAAAUCUCCCUCAAUUUCUCCGCUGAUCUCUUAAGGCUUGUACCGAAAAAAACUGUAAAUUUCAAGCCCCUGUAAUUUUGUUUC